AUGGCGUCUGCUGAUCUGGGAGCUGAGCUGGAAUGCUCCGUCUGUCUGAAAAUUUCGACAGAUCCCGUAACCCCGAAAUGUGGACACAAUGUCUGCCAGGACUGCAUUGGUGGUGUGCUGGAUACACAGGAGGGGUCUGGCGGUUAUUCCUGUCCUGAGUGUAAUCAAAGGUUUGAGAAACAUCCUGCCCAUCAGGAGAAUCUGAAAGUGCCUAACAUUGUGGCUCCAAAACCAGAUCAGGAGGAGUCCGGGGUCCUCUGUACUCAGUGUUAUCACGCUCCUGUACCUGCUGUGAAAUCCUGUCUGAUGUGUGAAGCUUCUCUGUGUGACAACCACCUGAGAGUCCACAGCAAGGCACCAGAACACGUCUUAUGUGACCCCACCACUUCCCUGGAGAACAGGAAAUGCUCCGUCCAUAAGAAGAUCCUGGAGUAUUACUGCACUGAGGACUCUGCCUGUAUCUGUGUGUCCUGUUGUCUGAUUGGAGGACAUAAAGGACAUCAGGUGGAGUCACUGGAUGAAGCCUCUGAGAAGAAGAAGAAGAAACUUAGAAAUGUUCUGCAGAAACUGAUGACAGAGAGAGAGGAGACGGAGAAAAUAGUCCAGAGUCUGGAGGCACACAGGAGGAAAGUAGAAGGAGAAGCAGCCGGUGAAACAGAGAGAGUCAUUGCCCUGUUCAGAGACCUCAGGAGACGUCUGGAGGACCUGGAGAAGAGAGUCCUGAGUGUGAUCUCAAGGAGGGAAGAGCAAGCUUUACUCUCUGAUCUGAUCCUGCAGCUGGAAGUAAAGAAGGACGAGGUGUCCAGGAAGAUGCGUCACAUUGAGGAGCUGUGUAACAUGACGGAUCCACUGACUGUCUUACAGGAAUCAGACACAGGUGACUUGUGUGAUACUGAGGAUGGAGAUGAUGAGGACAGAGAGAGACAUGAUGAACUCCUCCAUGAUGGAGGGGAUCUGGAUGUGGCUGGGAUCUCACACACAUUACACACAGGUAUAUCUGAUAUCAUGUCUGGGGUAAUUGUACAGGAAGGUCCAGACAUAUUACUGGAUGAGAACACAGCCAGUAAUUAUCUACAGAUAUCAGAUGACAGGAAAUCUGCAUCAAAGUCAGAUAUAAAUCAGAAUCGUCCAGAAACUCCGGAGAGAUUUCAGUAUUAUCCUCAGGUGUUGAGCAGUCGGAGUUUCUCCUCAGAGCAACAUCACUGGGAAGUGGAUGUCGGGGGGUCAGAUAGCUGGAUAGUCGGCAUGUGUUACCCCAGUAUAGAGAGGAGAGGAGGUCAGUCAGAGAUUGGAGAUAAUAAGAAGUCCUGGGGUUUGCAGAGGAGAUGGGGUUGUAAUCAGUACUCAGUGACACAUGACAGGAAGGAGAUCCGAGUACCCGGCAAUAUCUCCAUAAACAUUGUCAGGAUAGAGCUGGAUUAUGAGGCCGGGCGGAUCUCCUUUUAUGAACUGUGUGACCCGAUCCGACUCCUCCACACCUUCACCACCACCUUCACUGAGCCCCUCUAUGCCGGGUUGCUGGCUUCAAAGCCGUCAUCCUCAUCCUCAUCUAGUGAGCCACUGACCAGGAACAAGCAUGCAGGAAUUCAGGCUUCACUGGCUGCACGCUUGUUCCAGUGUUCUCAUAACGUUCUUCUCAUAGUGCUCUCAUAA